CAUGCCGGGAGCACGGGCGCCGGACGGGCGGCGCGCGGGGGGCCGGAAGCAGCCCGUGACCCGGGCGGAAGCGCUCGGAGGCAGCUGGGCCGACACCGCGGCCCUGCGAGCGGGGCGGAGGGAGCGGCGCCCACGGACGCUCCUAUUGCAAAAUUUGCAGUUGAAAAGAAACAGGUUUUUUAAUAAGAAGAGAAUGGAUGGAGAAGAGAAAACGUACGGUGGGUGUGAGGGCCCAGAUGCUAUGUAUGUGAAGUUAAUAUCCUCUGAUGGCCAUGAGUUCAUUGUAAAACGAGAACAUGCAUUAACAUCAGGAACAAUAAAAGCUAUGCUGAGUGGACCAGGUCAGUUUGCAGAAAAUGAAACAAAUGAGGUCAAUUUUAGAGAGAUCCCAUCCCAUGUCCUAUCCAAAGUAUGCAUGUAUUUCACCUACAAGGUCCGCUAUACUAACAGCUCUACGGAGAUUCCUGAAUUCCCAAUUGCACCUGAAAUUGCACUGGAACUUCUGAUGGCUGCAAACUUCUUAGAUUGUUAAAUAAAAUAAAUUAUAAUAAAAAUGUAAAACUUUUUUCAGUAUUUAAUACAUGUAGUUCAGUUAGUAACUUUUUUCAGAUAGCAUGUUGCGUGUGUGCUGUUGAGAACUUUAAAGUUCACUGCAGAGGCAAUUGCCUUCAGUUCUUUUGCAUAUAGCAGUCAUUCAGUUGGAGUUUGUUUUGCUGCUUACACAAAUAAGGACCUUUUCACAAACUGAGACAAAUAAACAAAUAUGCCAAUUAGUAGAUGGCUAUGCCUUAUCCUUUAGGUGUGGUAGAAUUUUCUUUUAAUACAAUGACUGUAGGAAAUACUGGAGUUUAGUCUAAUACUCUUUAAAAGAUAAUUAUAGUUACAUUCGAGUAGCUGUUUAGGGUUUCUAGCUUUCUCUUAUUUUUGAAGUUUCUAAACAUCUGAACUUAAUAUCCUUUGUAAAAUAGCUGUCCUGUAGCAUAGUUACACUAACUAGAUUAGAAGUGCCCUCUUUGUAAACUGUCAGUGAUAUUCCAUUUAGGUUGAAAGUGGAGUAGGUAGGAGAAUGCUUAAGGCUUUUAAUUUAAGGCAUAGUAUAGACAUGUGCAAAGGUGUACUUGAUAGCAUUUUGCUUAUAUAACCUCAACUUACCCCAUUAGUAAUUUCAAAUAUUCCAGUCACUUGUCUGUACAGUAAGACUGAUCCUACUGACAGUGACUUUUAAGGGGGAAAAUAACUGUUAAAAUCUGUGUAUAUUAUCUUCUAUAUAACAUAUAUGGUUUUUCUUAAUAUACUGUCACUUGACCUGAUAAGGAUUUUAUAUGGCUUCAGUUAUGGCUUAUUUCCAUUGUUCCGAUUGUUUAUGUAAAGUCUGUAUUUAAUCUCUAGAGUAGUAGUCAUUUAGAUUUUGUAACAUAGCAACUGAAAAGAUCGAAGUUGUCAUACCUUUUACCUCUUUCUCAAUCUCUCCCUUGUACCCAUAGCAAAAGACCCUGAAAUGUGGAGGUCUUUUAUAUUUGAAGGAAAGGACAUUAAGCAGAUGUUUUAGGAGCUGUUUUAUAAAUUUCAUAGGUAUUUCCAGUGUUUUUACAAAUUAGGGGAAAAGGAUUGGCAAGCCACUGACAUAAUACUAGAGUAGAACACAUUGUCUCUUGGUAGAUCCUGCUGGCAGUUGCCUGUAGUAUCAGUUCUUAGUUCAAAACAAAUUUCCAUAAAGCAAGCAAACAGCUUGAGACAAGAAGCUGCUUAUUGUUCAGCUGCAGCCUGAAGAACCCUUCUGCUAAAAUCAUCUGUAAAUGAGAAUAAAACUAAUGCAUCAUGAGAAAUGAUGCAAGGACAAUGUAAUUAGCAUUUCCAUCAGCUGCCACUGCUUCAGCUUUGUUUUGAUCAAGAAGUGAUUGUGGUCUAUCAUGGAAAAAUUCCCACCAACUGAUGGUGGAACCUCUUUCUUGAUGUUUUAACUCACAGCUAAUUUAGAGGGCUGAAGCUCUCCUCUAAACCUGUUUGUCAACAUAAAUACAACUUGGAAGAGAUUUUCCUGGAUGAAAACUAGUAACUUAGACUGUGCAGUCUGCCCAUGGAGGAGGUCAGUUCUGACAAAUGAAAUUUUAUUCUGGGCUUAAACAAUGCUGACUUUUGUCAGUGUGUUGGUAGAUUAGCUGACAUUUAUUCACAUCACAUACUUUGGCACAAUUUAAUGUGUUUAAUGUGGGGAUGUUUGUGACUAGAUUGGCUUUGCACGGUAAAGCUGAAGUGCAUUGUAGGGUAAUUGUCUGAAAUUCCAUGUGUAAGCACUGUGUUCAGUGCUGUUAGUAACUCAUUUUCAAGAGCACUAGAAUGAUAAACCAGAGAUACCCUGUUAUGCUGCUUUUGUUAGAGCCACUAGGAAUACCCUAAAAGGUCAAGGAAUACCAACAUGGAUAUUUUAGUCACAACUACAUAUCAGUCUGAGUGAGUCUUAAGUUCACUGGCCAUUUUUAGUAGUCUUGAGGCUAGUGACUUGAGGCUAAAAAAUAUUUAGUUUUAAACUAAGGCAAAAAGGAUGUCAUUUUUUUAAAACAGUGGGGUUUUUUUUUUCUUUUUUUUUCUUUUUUCCCCUUUUUAAGCAUUCUAGAACAAUUUCCUUAAUUUUGUUGAAAUACAUUGCAUUUUAUGAUUGUGUACUUUAGCAGUAAGGUAAAAUAGCUGGUUUAGCUCUGAAUAAUAAUUUUGUUGGUUUUCUUUCAGCUUAAUGUAUUAUACAGUAGCUUUGAACACUCAGGAAUUGCAGUAGUGUCCUAGAGUGCACUAUUUGCAAAACCACCGGCUGUUAAAAUGAACCAGAUUUCUAAGGGGGAGGUGGGCAGGGGGAAUUAGUGCAAUUUCCAUGGUAGUUAAAUGGGUAUGCUAUUAUCAGACAAUUGGAAACUUACCACGCUUCACCCGUGAGUUCUAAAUAAAUUUGAAAGUUGAAAAUUUUUAAACCUGUGUUUUUGUUGAUUUACAACACAUUAGAGGAAGCGUUCAUGCAGAAUCAUCAUUUUCAUGGCUAUACUAUAUGAGGAGCAGAAUGCUUAUGUAAUUAGUAUUUGGAUAAUAGCUUGUGAAGCUGCAUGUAUAAAAUAAAAGGUGGUGGGUUUUUUCAUA